CUUUCUUCUACCAUCGGUUACUCACCACGCCAGCGCUUACGAUCACCAACUCAAUUUUUGGUACAUUUUUCGAUAAAACAUGGAUGAAGAUGUAGACAUGGAUGCUCCUCAAAUUUCAACUCUCAGGGAAGAGGCCACUCCUCCUCCGCCCUCUCGAACUUCCAAAUUCCGAGUAAAGUUACUGGUAACCGAGAAGAAGGGCAAGGGCAAGUCGUCCUCACCUAGUGUAUCAACUAUCAACAAGAAGGCUGUUCCACUACCACCCCCGUCCCCACCACCACUACCUGCCCCGCAGGCACGGACGCAUAGUGAUGAUGACGUUGAGGAGGAGGACGAGGAGGACCAACUUAUUGACGACGAAGAUGAAUUACAACAAUCUACUUCUACCCCUGCCAUCACUACCUCAACUGGUGGUACCAAGCGGAAGGCGCCAGCGAGGAAGCCAAAACCACGAAAGAGUGAAAAGCAGGACAAGGAUCUCGACAAAAAGCCCCAUGGCGAGCAAACCGAUGCUCAGGAUGUCAGUACACCCGCAGUUGCCGAUAAACCGCCUCCGAAGAAAAGAGCAGCACCCCGUAGGCCUGCUGCUGCUCAACGCUCCAGAGCCAAGGCUCCGCCCAAGGCAGCAAAGACCUUGGUGGUGGAUGAAGGAGCAUUGAGUGAAUCAUACGCUGGAACCGCACCCUCAUCGCCACUUCCCCUCGCUCGUGAGGGGGGCUCGGAACAUGAGGACGCAGAAAAUGCUCCUCCCCCUCCAGUCGAGGGUACAACAGAAGUUGCACCUCUCCCUAUCUACCCUCUACCAUCCAAACCAUUCCCUGUGCAGCCGCCCCCAAAGAUCGGAGCAGGCUUCGCACCCAUGUUACCCCUUGACCGAAGCGGAAGCAAAAUCCGUCGUUGGAGAACAGCAAACCGCGAAAUACGGGGCAUCGCAGGCGGACGAUGGUUCGCUAGAUCAUGGGUUGGCGAUAAAGAGUCUGAAUAUGCCAAUGCAACAGCUGCAGCCGCAGCUUCGCAUAAAAAUGGCGAUGUGGACAAAAUUACGACGCCAAAGGGCGGCGGCUCGAUAUCUGCACCGUUACUUGGAAAAGGGUCUAGCAAAUCUAAGGCGGCGCGUGCCAUGUCGGGCAUAUCGGCUGCGCCUUCACGAGCAGGGUCUAUUAUUGCCGACCACCACCCUGUGAAAGCGCCUUCCAAGAUGCGUAAUAUUGUUGCUGGGCCGGCGUCUGAAGAGGGUAAUGAUGCUCCCGUACAGAACACGCCAGAGCACAUGGAAUCAUAGGUGGUUUGUUUCAUGUAAUUAUGUUUUGAUUAUGUUUUGAUCGUGUCUCGUACCUUUUGCAUUAAUGUCAUACACGUACUAUACUGUUGUCCAUGCUUUUCCCUCUAGUAAUAUGAUUGGUUCUGUGCAGUCUC